AUGGUCCAGGACCGGGGCCCGGCCACAUCGGCCGUCACCAUUAUUGUGACGGCGGUUGCCACCACCUUCGUCGCAGCUCGAUUUUUCACAAGAGUUCGACUUGUCAGAUCCAUCAGGCAGGACGAUUGGUGGAUUCUGGUAGCAUGGGUGUGUGCUGUAGGAUUCUCCUCGUCGAUAUGCGUCGCUGUUCAUUAUGGGUUAGGCAAGCACAAGCAAGACAUACCAGACAGCUCGUUCAGCGCUCUUCGGAAGGCCGAAUAUACCUUCGCCAUUCUCUACAAUCCGUCCUUGAUGCUGACGAAGACCUCCAUCAUUGUCUUCUUCUUGUCAGUGAUGAGCAAGGACGUUGAUCCCGUCUUCAAGUGGUGUAACUGGUUGACCCUUGCUGUGGUCAACCUCGUCGGACUGGCUCUCACAUUCUUCAACAUCUUCCAAUGUUCUCCCGUUGCAGCCGGGUAUCUUUAUCCUACACCCGAGAACGCUGCGUGCACAGAUAUCGUUACGCUAUAUCUGUCUUCGGCGCCCCUCAACAUCAUCACGGAUAUUGCGAUUUUGUUUCUCCCGAUCCCAAUAUUGACGGGAAUGCGCUUGCCUCGGAAGCAAAAAAUCAUUCUGGUGGCUACGUUCAGUUUCGGUGCUUUCGUUGCGGCCAUUGACGUUAUACGCAUUGCUUACUUACAGCAAGCGGCACUGAAUCGGUUGAAGGUGGUCAAAGGUACUGGUAGCGACCCAGGGCGAACUGUGGAAGACAACGAUUUUUCUUGGUAUGCAAGUCUGAGCUUCAUGUGGUCAGCAGUGGAGGUCUGCAUCGGUCUCGUCUGUGCAUGUGUGCCGAGUCUAAAACCUCUCUUUGCUCGCUUCUUGCCCAGCUUCAUCAGAGAUGCCGGAGAAGAGUUGACGUCCAACAACAGCGUCGAUGCCGGAAAUCCGAGUGCGGGAAGUGCGGGUACAAAACUUCCGAAAGGAAACGUGUCGAUGCUCAACAACCCCGCUGCGUUUAGGAGGCCGAUUGUUCAGGAAUACUGUGGAGAUGAUCAAGGCGACCAGAUGGGAUUUCUGAAUAUGCUCGCGUGGCCGCCUGAGGAGCAGACAGGAUCACCACUCUCAAGGACGGCGACAAAACUGAGUCGGAGGCACACCAACAAGAGCGCGGUUUCCGACUUCGGAUUCGUCAACAUGUCUGGAAAACGAAAUAUGCUGAAUUUGUCAAAUCGGGAAAGCGCGUGGCCGAUUGCCGUGGUCACAGUCAUCUUUUUCCUGUGGGGGUUUGCGUAUGGCCUGCUUGACACGCUCAAUUCUCGAUUUCAGCUCGUGGCCGGCGUCUCGACAGGAAAAGGGCUGGGCCUCCAUUCGGCCUAUUAUGGGGGCUACUUCGUCGGACCUCUGAGCCUGGGCCGCUUCAUCAUCAAAAGAUAUGGAUUCAAGGCGCUGAUGAUCGCGGGCUUGGCAGUGUAUGGCUGCGGGACGUUAGUCUUCUGGCCGUCUGCUGUCUUGACAUCAUACGCUGCAUUCACCGUGUCAAACUUCAUCGUCGGAUUUGGCUUAUCUUGCUUGGAAGUGGCGGCAAACCCUUACAUUGCCCUGUGCGGACCGCUGGAGUUAGCAGAAGUCAGGCUGAACCUUUCCCAGGCCUUUCAAGCGAUCGGCACGGUCUGCUCUCCCCUCUUAGCCACCAAAGUCUUGUUCAAGAGCGUCAACAGUGCGGGCUCACUUGUGGACGUGCAAUGGACGUAUCUUGGGAUUGCCCUCUUCGUGUACGCGCUGGCAGUCGUUUUCUACUACAUUCCACUGCCAGAGGCAUCAGAUGAGCAGCUGGAGGAUUUGGCUGAACGUCGUGGUGACGCAUAUAUGGCGAGAGUUGGUCCCUGGAAAGUCGUCUAUGUGACACUUGGACUGGGAGUCUUCAGCCAGUUCUGCUACGUGGGCGCACAAGAGUGUGUUGGGAACAACGUUCAACCGCUCUUCAAGUUGCUGAAGCCAACCUCGACUCUUCAACCAUUCGAUUAUCAGAUGGUUGGUCACGGAGUCUUUGCAUUCGGUCGGUUCCUGGCCACCUUCCUCAACUACUUUCUGAAGCCCAGGUGGAUUCUACUAGGGUCCUAUGUCGGGGUUGUCGUCUGCUUGGCCCUGGAUAUGCAUCUCGACGGCAACGGGGGAGCUGCAGUCCCCAUUCUCACACUGUUCUUCGAAGCUGGUAUUUUCUCCAUCAUUUUUGCCAUAGCAAUGAGAGGCUUGGGCAAACAUACCAAGACUGGAGCUUCCUUGAUGACGGCCGCCAUAUCAGGUGGAGCGGUCUUCCCACCCAUCCAGUGGGCUGUCGCCAAUGGACAUGGAUUGAAGUACUCGUAUUGUGUGCCCCUGGCUGUGGCCGUAUCGGGGACGCUUUUUGCGGUUUACUUAAACCUUCUCCCACAGGCGAAGAGUCAAGUCGACCCCAUUCAUGAGACGCGUUCCAGACGACGCGCACUUAGCCCGACAUCACAGGAAAGUGCUGGCACAGUCGAGCAGGAAAAGGUGACAGAGUCCGGAGCGCCAGGCAUAGUCGGUCGACGGAAGAGGGACAGGCAUUUCAAAUCGCCAUCAGUCCAACCUGUCGAGCGGCGAAGCACGAACCUGAUGGUGGACGGUGAACCGGCGUCUCCCGUGUUGGCGAUGGACUUUGCAGACGUUAGGAACCCUUACCCAAGUGCCCCAUCUGUUCAGCCCAAGCCAGCCAAAGGUUAUGUGGCGGAUCUCGCGUUGUGGCCUGCUCAACGAGACCUCCCGAAAGCUCAUGCCAGCAGCAACAGCGGCCACCGCGACCCGCACGCUGAUGAUAGGAAUCCGAAUCGCCAUAGUCAGAUGGACGAGGAUUUAGACAUGACCAUUACUCGCCACCGACCGCGGUGGGAGAAUCGAGAUCCGCAAGAUGACUUCGAUGAUUACCAUACAGUUAUGAAAAGCAUAUGA